GGGAUGCAGAUGUCGUCCGCAGUGAAAUGAACAAAAGAGUAUGGUACAUCAAAAACAAAGAUCACAACGGCGUAAAGCAACCCGGAGAGAGAAUAACGAUGAAUUUCGUCGCAAGAGGCAAUGCUAAAAGCGCGGCUGUGACGUCCAUCAGCGACGAUCCCAAUGCUUUAGUUCUGGCGUCGUGGCAUAACGGGUUUGAGGGGUAUAUAAAUGCUCCAGUCACAAAGAAUCACAAGGAAUGGACGCUGGCUUUGACAUUCGACAAACCUAUUGAUCGACUUGAGAUAUGGGACGCUGACGUCGUCCGUAGCGAACAGAACGGAAAGGUAUGGUACAUCAAAAACAAAGCUCACAACGGCGUGAAGCAACCCGGGGACCAUAUCAAGAUGAACUUCCUGGCGUGGGGCGGUGCCAAAAGUGCCACUGUCACUGGACCAACUGGGGCAACUACCUCGUUAAAUACAGCUUCUGUUUACGAUUAUGAUGAGGUCCUCCGAAAGUCCAUCUUGUUUUACGAGUCCCAGAGGUCAGGCAAACUGCCCAGCACCAACAGGAUAUCCUGGAGGGGGAACAGCGCGCUGGGAGACAGGGGGAAAAACAGGGAGGAUCUUACCGGAGGCUGGUAUGACGGAGGUGACCACAUGAAAUUCGGCCUCCCAAUGGCUUGGUCGACAACGACGUUGCUAUGGGGACUGGUGGACUACAAGGCCGCUUACGUCAACGCUGGUGAAUACGAAAACAUGCUUAACUGCGUCAAGUGGCCGUUAGACUACUUUCUUAAGACCCACACCGCCAAAAAUGAACUCUAUGUACAAAGUGGGGAUAUCACUGCUGACCAUGCGUUCUGGGGCCGUCCCGAGGACCUGAACAUGUAUAGGCCUUCGUACAAAGUUGACGUCAGCAAUCCCGGAAGUGACGUAGCAGGAGAAACUGCAGCAGCACUUGCCGCUGGGUCCAUUGCUUUCAAGUCAAAAGUUGCUGACUCCUCCAAACUUUUGGCCCACGCCAAAGAACUGUACAAUUUUGGUAGCUCAUAUUUGGGGAAAUAUACUACAGAUGGACAUAUUCCGGCCAAUCCUCUCUAUACUUCAAGUGGCUAUGCCGAUGAUCUGUGUGUGGCCGCCGCCUGGUUGUACAGAGCAACAAACGAACAGAAAUACCUGUCAGACGCCAAGAAAUGGGCGGCGAAUAAGAUGUCAUGGGCGUGGUCUUGGGAUGAUAAUACCGUAGCCUGUCAGCUUCUCCUGUACAUCCUGACGAAUGAAACAACCUACAAGCAAGACGUAGAGACCUACAUGAGUAGCUGGCUUCCCGGUGAUAGCGUGUCAUACACGCCGAAGGGACUGGCUUGGAGGGGAGAGAAAGGGCCGCUGCGCUACGCAGCAAAUACUGCGUUCCUGGCGCUGAGAGCUGCUGAUGCCGGCAUCCAAAGCGACAAGUACCGGACAUGGGCCAAAUAUCAGAUUCAUUACAUGCUGGGAGACGCAGGCCGCAGCUACGUGGUGGGUUUUGGCAACAACCCACCCACACACCCACAUCAUCGUGCAGCGUCCUGCCCCUUGCGGCCCGGGCCGUGUGGCAAAUCCAACAAAGACACCCCCAGCCCCAACCCCCAGGUGUUGACUGGGGCCCUGGUGGGAGGCCCUGGGAAGAACGAUGAUUACGCUGACGUGAGGACGGACGCUGUUAAGAAUGCCGUGAGGAUCGACUACAACGCUGGCUUCCAGUCGGCAGUGGCGGCACUGAAGCAAUGGACGCUUGACCUGCUGCCGCCUGACCAGGGGAGUGGCCAAGGCUUCUAAGUGGACAGUGGUCUUCCUUUGACGAUAGAAUUUCC